UGCAUUCGCGCGUCGGCUGUCAGGCGCACACCACCGUGAAACCUGUAUUUAAUAUAUUAUAUUAUUAUUAUUAUUAUUAUUAUAUCUUCUCUUAAAGUAAAUGUUUUUGUUUCUUUUUUUAGAAGAAUUUUUUCUUCUUUAUUUUUCCAAGUGAAUGAAAAUUUACCUGAUUUAGAUAAGCACAGAGAGAAAGAUGCUCGGCAGUAGUGCGCGGAUGAUUUUUGCCAAAUUGAAGAAGAGAAGCUGAAGAAUCCGCAUGCUGUUAAUCACGAAGACAACGACGGUGGGUGAUGGUAAAAGUGGUGGUGGUGAUUUUUAUUAUUUCCAAGAUAUAACUAAACUACGAUUUUCACAACGUGCUGCAACUCGUGCCCGGGAGGCUAGACAAGAAAAAUUGCGAUCCUCGCGAGGACUGUGAUAUGCGCGACCCGCUGACAGACGAUUAUGGAGAGAGCUGAUGCUGGGGGUGGUGAAGGACGGUUUCGAGAGAUCCUCCUUACUGUUCUAAUAGUAACCCUCAUAGAUGCAUCAAGUGCCUCAGGUACAGGUGCCUGUGGCCUAGCGGAAUUGACAUGUCGUGAUGGACAUUGCGUACCAGGUGAUGCCUAUUGCAAUGGAAUAGACGAUUGUGGCGAUAGUAGCGAUGAGCCAGCACUUUGUACACCAUGCAAUCGCACCUAUCAUGGUCGUGUUGGCAGAACUUACAAGCUUGAGCUCACACGUCCCGCCGAGGGACGUCUUCCUUUUCUCUGUCAUUUAACGUUCACAGCAGGAGGUCAGGGCCUUGGGGAAUUUGUUCAACUUUUGUGGGAUGCCUUCAGUAUAGGUCGUCUUGAUCCUGAUGCGACAACUCUUACCACCAGCUGUCCAGAAGGAUAUAUGCAACUUUUAGAACUUGGAAAAGCACUUCCCGAUAGUUCGUGGUGUGGUCCUGGUGAAAGUAGAGCGACAUAUUACAGCGAAGCAAGCACUGUUACAGCGUCAAUUCGUCUCUUUCAUGCACCAUCAAUUGUGCCAUUUGAAUUUCGUCUACGUUAUCGUUUUGUAUCGCGUGAAGAAGCAGUGGCACGUCUAGGUGAACCGGAAUUUCCCAUUGAACGUGGUUCACCAGUUCCUGGUACAUAUUGUUCACGUGAUUUUUAUGAAUGUCAUCAAAAAAGAUGUCGUGUACAAAGUCCAAAUUAUCCCGGUGAAUAUCAACGUAAUACAAGUUGUUUAAUAACAUUACGACAAAAAUCAGUUCCAACAUGUAAACAUGCAAUGAUAUCGGUGAAAGCAAGUUCGACAAGUCUUGCUGGAUUGGCAACGAGUAAUUCGACAUUAAGUGUUUGGCAGGAUUGUCCACAUGAUAGAGAUCGUCUUAUAUUUCGCGAUGGUCCACGCCUGAAUGAUCCUAUUUUAUUGAUAUAUUGCGGUGGUCCAUUGCCAAAAAUCACUGCCAGAGGAUCGACAAUGUUAGUUGAAUUUCGCAGUUCAUCGGAAGCAAUUCCAUUGGGUGCAUCGAGUCUUCGUUUGGAAAUGGAAAUACAAGUGAUUUAUGUUGAUUCAGAUGGAAUGGAUUUUGCACAAGGCGAUCAGGGUUGUUAUUUUUUUGUUAAUGAAACAUCAAAAAGAAGUGGAAUUUUACGUGCACCACUUCAUGCACUACCUCCAACAACAAAUUGCACGUGGAAUAUUAAAGGUGCAGUUGGCGAUCGUAUUUGGAUUUAUUUUGCCUCAUAUUCACAGAGAGAUCUCACUGGUAAUGGGGAGAAUAAUUCAAGUGUACAAAUUGAUCCACCAUGUACAAUUAAAAUGACAUUUUGGGAUGGUGCACCGUCCACGGGUAUACCAAUGGCUGUAUUGUGCGAUGAUGUUCCUCGAAUUUGUGCACAUGCUGCCCUUAGAAAUGCUACAAGAACCACAAGACCGUGUACCAAGGAGGAGAGCUAUCUCACAAUUGCACCUAGUCUUCUUUUACAUAUGGAAACGACGCCUGGGACCACUCUUCACCCGGUUAACUUUCAAGCCCGGUAUGAAUUCAUCUCAACACUCCAAGGAGGCGAGCAAUGGGGCGAUGGACCAUGCAGUAGAAUAUGGCGUAAAACACAAAGCGGUGAAGUUACAUCGCCACGUGAUGUUCGAUUAUUUGGCCGUGGUGGAUCAUCAAAACUCGACUGCCGUUAUAGAAUUGAAGCUGGUCCUGGUGAACGUGUCAAAUUGAUGAUUCACAAUGUGAGUUUGGGUGAGACAACAUCGUGUACGAGUGAAGACGAUCUACAUUCAGGGAGGCCAAGAUGUAUUCAAGAUCCAGGCAGUCGUGAGACAAGAUUCACUCUUUAUGAGGCACCAUGGCGUGAUGUUAAACUUCCCAUAGCAUGUCUCUGUGAUAAUACUUCGAAUCUUCCACUUAAGCAUAUUUCCUCGGGCAGAGCAUUGGAAAUAACAUUUUUCGUUGAUCAACAAGCUCCAUAUGAGGAUUUUCAAUCACUCUUUUUUUACGCCAGUUUUGAACUUAUUCGAGCGCCAGAGUGUCCUAGAAAACAAAGAGUUCGUGGAGAAGGUGGUGAAUUGAGAUUCAUCAAUCCACCUUUUUCACGUCCUGAUAUUUACUGUGAGGGUCUUCCUUGGCUGGUGGAAGCACGAGACAAUAGAUCUCUUUUUGUUUUAACCUGGGGUUGGUUAUUACCAUUGGAACCUCCAUCAUCAUCAUCAUCAUUAGUUGAAUCGGCCGAUAGUUUCAAAUGUCCAACGACAAAUCGUAUACUACUUUACUCAGGAUGGCCGCCAAAAUUGUUGAAAGUUGUAUGUCCCGCUGAACCCGGUGCAAAAGAUUUUACCGUACAAGUAUUCUCCGAGGAAUGGUUGGGACGUGCUGAGGGCAAAUGGCCAGGACCACCGAGACCACCGGCAUUGCUCGUUGAAUUUAUUGCCCGCGAAUCGGGACAAGCUGCAGCAUCGUGGCUUGAAAUUUCCAAAAGUAGAUCAGCUCUCAGACGACAAUUACGUUUACCAGAACGUGGUAUUGAAAAUGAUACAAGUCUAUUUGGUGAUUGUAUUCAUAAAUGUCCGGAGCUUGGUGCUUGUAUUGCGGCAAGCUUAUGGUGUGAUGGAAGAGUUCAUUGUCCUUCGGGUCAUGAUGAAGCAAAUUGUGGAAGUGGUGCUAGAUUAUUGGGACUUUUACCUUCAGCGAUGUGGAUGGUGGUCGCUGGUGUUGCUGGAAUUGCCUCUGCCUUUGCGUGCCUACUUGCUAUCCUGAUAAGCAGGUCAAAGACACGUGCAAAAAGACUUCAUUAUAAAGGGACAAAAAAGUGCAAACCUAGAAGAGCGCCGACGGAAGAAACUCUAUUGGGAGGAGCAUCCUGACAACAACAUCCCGGUUACGUGGAAUAUAUUCACGUAGACCGGGAGACAACAGUGUAGCAAAACUAUUCUGUGCUUCACCGUCCACUGAACUUCCAAAAACAAUUUUCAGGUGACAGGAUCAAGAUGAUAGUAUCCUUCUUGUAGUGCAUUGGACUCUCAAAAAUUCUCUCACUCACUCUUUCUCUCUCUCUCUCUCCCUCUAUCUCUCUCUUUCUCUAUUCAGUGUAGAUAAAUCAACCAUGAGUGCUUGCUAAUAAGAAAAACAAAAAUUCUAAUUGCACCUUUAAACGAGAAAAAUAAAACAGGGUCGUCAGAAAAAUUUUCUUUAUCGCCAAACAUUAUAUAGUUUGCAAGUAGAAAGAGACAAUUUUUAAUCAUUUCGUGAAGAUCGUAUAGAGGAACUCUUCAAAAGGUUAGUCCUUUCUAUUCACGAACUUUUUUUCCCCCGUUCCAUAUUAACAAAAAAAUUUCCAAAUAUUCGAAAAAAAAUUAUAUUUUAAAAAUAUAAUCUUUUUAUAGAUAGGACAUUCUGUUUAAAAUAAAAGUUCUUGAUUAGGUCGUCCCUUUUGAAGAAAAACGAUUCGAAAUGAUUUCACCCGUACAAAAAAAAAAAAGAAAAAUAUUAUAUUUCCAAAAUAUUCACCUAUUUUCUUCCGAUAGAAAUUAUUUAUAAUUAAAAAAAAAAAAAGAGAUCGUAGGUGCUGUAGCGUUGGAAAGUAUAAGCGAAGACAGAAAAUAUAGGAUAUUAUAUCGCGCAAAGAUUAUUAUCUGAACGACGUCUCGAUUCAAUGAAUAUUCUCGCAAGUCACACAAAUAAACAAUUAAAAAAAAUAUAUAUGCAUGACUAGAUUCGAGAAAGUCGAGAGUUGUUAUGUAAGUAUUAAAAAAAAUAAAUAAAUAAAAAAUAAACGGAGAAUUGAAAUUGACGAGUUUGUCAGAUUUGUAUAGUAUUUAGCAAUGGUUUAAAGCUAUUUUUUCAAUCGUAUUAAAUCUCUCCAAGCCGUGAGAAUAUAGUCUCUUGAAACUUAAAGAGAAGACUCGGGA